CGCCGCUCUCUCCCUCCUCAGGCUACGAGUGGAUCGGCUGGAAGAACGACACGCGGCAGACGCGGCCCGUCGAGAUCACGUUCGAGUUCGACUCCGUCAGGAACUUCUCGGCCGUCCACAUCUACACCAACAACUUCUUCACUAAGGACACGCAGGUGUUCUCGCGCGCGCGCGUGCUGUUCAGCGCGGGCGGCGAGCACUUCCCCGCGUCGCGCGCCGUCGAGUACGAGUACGUGGUGGACCGCAUCUUCGAGAACGCGCGCAACGUCACCAUCCGCCUCCACAACGCCGCCGCCAAGUUCGUGAAGCUGCAGCUGUUCUUCGCGCUGCGCUGGAUCAUGAUCUCCGAGGUCGCCUUCGACUCGGAGCCCUGCCGAUGCAACAUGACCCCAGAGACGCCCCCGCCCAUGCCCACAGAGAGCCUGGGCGAGAGCCAGGUCAUCCCGGUGGUGCCCGCCCACGGCGGCUCCUCGGGCCUGCUGGUGGGCGGGCUGGUGACCCUGGGCGUGGUGUUCGGCGUGGUGCCCGUGGCGCUGUGCGUGCUCUACUACCGCAUGCGGCUCACCAAGAAGGCCAGCAAGACGUCGCUGUCGGGCGAGGGCGGCCUCGACACUAGGAAGGUGUCCAUGAAGAUGAAGGACCUGCACAUCAACAGUGAACUUAUCGCAGCUCUCGAACGGCUACUCGCGCGCCAAGGGCAACCUGUACGGCCACGUGGCCAUGGACGAGGAGGCGGCGGCCAUGUACCAGGAGCCGUACAAGGGGCCGCUGCACAACCCCGGCUACCACACGCUGGCUCCCUCCGACGCCUCCUUCAAGUGCUCCAAGCCGCCCGGCGCCGACGACUCCGUGGACUACGCCAUCCCCGGCAUGAACGUGACGCCGCCGCCGCCCUUCUCCGACGCCUUCUCGCCGCCGCCCAUCCCGCUCUCGCGCCCGCCCGCGUCGCUCGCCCGAGGCCUGUCGCAGGAGCACGCCCUCCUCGCGCCGCCCACGCCGCCAUCCCGCCCCCGCCGCAGCAGCACUACUUCACGGCGUCACAGGUGUGCCAGGCCGGCAACAUCCAGGGCGUGACGGGCGGCGUGGCGUUUGCGGCCACGGACACGGCUGACCUGGCGGAGGACCAGGCGGUGCCCGAGGUGCCCCGCCACUGCCUGACGGUGCUGGAGACGCUGGGCGAGGGCUGCUUCGGCACGGUGCAGCUGUGCGAGAUGCGCACGACGCCGCGCAGCAAGAGCAAGGCGCUGGUGGUCAAGAGCCUCAACGUGGACGCCGACGACGACGCCCGGGAGCUGUUCCUGCAGGAGGCGCGGGUGCUCAGCCUCAUCAACGACCCGAACGUCGUGCGCCUCGUGGGCACCGUGACCCGCGCGGGCGCCCUUGGCGUCCUCGUCGAGUACCUCGAGCACGGUGACCUCGCCCAGUUCCUGCAGCGCCACAACCCGGAGGCGAGCGUCGCACCCGUCAGGAGGGCGCCUAUCUACGAGGGCCUGGAUCCGCCCGUACUCAGCUACGGCGCCCUGGUCUACAUCGCCUCGCAGGUGGCGUCGGGCAUGAAGCACCUGGAGAAGCUGAACCUGGUGCACCGCGACCUGUCGGCGCGCAACUGCCUGGUGGGGCGGGGCCUGACCGUCAAGGUGUCCGACUUCGCCAUGAGCCAGCCCAGGCACCACAAGGACUACUACCACCUGGACGAGAAGCGCGCGCUGCUGCCGAUCCGCUGGAUGGCGUGGGAGGCCAUCCUGCAGGGUCGCUUCUCCUCCAAGAGCGAUGUGUGGGCCUUCGGCGUGACCCUCUGGGAGAUCCUGACGAUGGCGCGGCAACAGCCCUUCGACGAGCUCAGCGACGACGGCGUCCUGGAGAACGUGUCUCACUGUUACCAUGGCGACGGCUCCGGUAUGAUGCUGCUGCCGCAGCCGCCGCUCUGCCCGCGCGAGAUGUUCGACAUGAUGGCCGCCUGCUGGAGGCCCAACCCCCGCCAGCGGCCGCCCUUCUGGGAGGUCCUCAUGUUCCUGCAGCGCAAGAACCUCGGAUACACGCUGGACUACGUCGACUGAAAAUUCCCCUGUGCCAUGUCUCAUUUAUUCACAAAAUGAACGACGGACUCAACGAAAUCAAACACAGCUGCUUCCUUGAGUGUUUUUUUUUUUUUUUUUUUUUUUUUUUUUAGUGUGUGACGCAUCCUCGAUCCUGUUCCAAGGAGGGACUCAUACACGAGAGUUGCGCUACUUAAAGGAUCUUCCUACUGCGCUGAAAGGAAGAACGUACUUAUUAAGCCUCGACUGUACCGCUUGGGACUCGAACAGGACGCGAUGCAAACACACCUUAUGGACAACUCUCUGCUUCCAACCUGGGCUUUUGGAAGUACGAGCACGAGUGAGAUAAGAAGGAAAAGCGAAAAGCACUCGGUCAUCUCACUUCAAAGCCUGUGAUUCAUCUGUGAUAUAUCUUAGUCAGGGACUGGCCAUCACAUUGGUGGCUUGUGAACGUUAUUACUGUUUUUUCCUUUUUUUUUUUCCUUUUUUUUCUUUUUGUAUAUAUCAAUGCAUUACGAUUGAACUUAGACGUUGUGGGAAAGUGAUCAUGUUACUGCUCUGUUUAGGCAAAUACACAACUCUGGAGUAAAGGCAUGUUUGUCUUUCUCCAAAAAAGCCUCAACAAUUUUAUAAAACAGCAACGAGAGGUCUUUUUUUUUUUUUCUUUUAGAAAAGCUUUUGUUUUUUUCUAUAUUGUAGUUCCAGGCGUGGUUUUUGGCAUUUUAGUCGGAAUAUAGUUGGUAAAAAAUAUUAAGUAUAUACAUUAAAGAUGG